GCUGAAAAACUACUCAAUUCAAAAUAAACAUAACAUCAUUAACAUGCGAAUCAUGACUUGAGACUUUGAUACAAUAUUCUCAAGAAAAUAAGAGAAAGUUACGUAUAGAAAAAUUAGAAUCUAUACUUUUUUUAUCCCAAAAUGGUUUUUUUAUGCUCAUAAAUAAAAGUAGUUAAAUAUUUUUCUAUUCUCCACUCUGACUCACACUUUGCGGAAAAAUCAGAUCGGUGUAAAUACUCGUACACCUAACUACGAUGUAAUGAUUUUGGGCACAGUUACGCAGUGCUUCCUACGCUUCACAUAGAAGUUUGAUAUUUUACCAUUUUGUCUCAUUUAUUUCUGUGUCAUUGACCGAGAUUUCAUAAUUUGAUCGACAUGAUGGUCGAUUUCUUACGUAAAAGCGGCAAGGUGUUUCUACAUGAUAAUAUGCUCCUGUAGCUGUUUAUCAAGUUUAUCAUGACAGUGAUCGAGAGGAGCUCUAUUCACCCGUUUCAUGCUUGUUCCGGAGCAAUUGUAGUACUAAUUCUCGUUCAAGUGACAAGUUUCAUGGUUAGAGGCGACGAUGAUGAAAAGUGGACGACUUUACAGCCGGAGUUCCGUGGGGCGCCCAAACCCCCUGAAUUCGUGCGAAGAUUAUGGGGCAUCUAUAAUUUGAUUCCUUUUCCACUGGUGAAGAUCCCUGAGCAAAUUUUAGAGAUAGAAUAUUUGGAUAGAAUCGAAGUAGGCACUGGGCGCUAUUUGUUUGCUCGAGAUUUGCGUAGUCCGCCUACUCGCGUUGCAUGGCCGAAGCAGUACGUGCGUAGUUACUAUGCUCUCAUCAUGACAGGAUACACACCGUCAGGUUUCCAGCAAGAAGAGUUCAGUGGCAGUUGCGGGUCUACGGAUGGAGACAGCUCGCCCUCUUUACAGUCGAGUGAGGACGAGAUUCAACAAAUCUUGCCUGUCUUCCGUAUGGACCACCCUCCUGCUGAAGUCCUCGAAAGCGUUUCAGUCCACCCUCCUGCUGAAGUCUGUGAAAGCGCACCGUCUUGUUCCACGCAAAUACCCCCACCACUUGCGGAGUGCGUUCCCCUACAAAUAGCGCCUGUCCCAAAAGAAGACGAUCCUGCAUAUAUUCCCACACAAAUAAUUGAGUCGGGAGAUGAAUCAGGAGAGGUCUCCUCAGAUGAUGUCAACGGGCCAAUGGAAUCAUCGAAUGAGAUAAUUGGGCCAUCGUCUGAAUCAUCAGAUCCCCCGUCAAACCCUAAGAGGGCAAGACUCUUGUAAAUAUUAGUACUGAUUGUAAUAAACUGGCAUAUUAACUUUAUUAAUAUUAUAAAAAUGUUAAAUACAUUUCUAAAUUUCUUAUUACACAUGA